GUCCUUUUGAACUACAAGUCCCAUGUGAAGGCUGGCGUGCUUCGUCAUCUAUCGUGGACUGUUGUUCGGUGCGUCCGACGGGAGAAGUUUGGAAAGAAACGUGAAACUUUUUAAACGUUAUGUGUUAGCGGUGUUUCAUGUGCUCUUUAGUGGCAAAUUCCACAAAAUUCCCACAAGCGACGAGUUGAACUGAGAAACACAACGCGGAGGACGUUUAUGUUCAGGAAGUGAUGUCUUCCCAAGAAGAAGCAGCGCCGGCUGGCGAGUCAGUUGUCCUAGAGUCAGGUGCCAUGGCUGUGGAUGCUAAGGCGGAGCUUACUACUCUGCUGGACGAAUGGGAAGAAGCACAGCGGGGCACCACAGAACAACUGGUGUCCAUCCUUACUAAAGUAUCAGAGCUGAUUGAACAGGAGACAGGAGAGUAUCACAGAUCAGAUCCUGAUCCGUUUGAUGACCGUCAUCCAGGGCGAGCAGACCCAGACUGUAUGCUGGGACAACUCCUGAAGAUACUCUUUAUGAAUGAGGACUUCACUAAUGCGCUGUUGGACAUGUACAUAAUGACCAGCACAGAGCUGGAUCUCAACACAGCAGCCUGUCGUCUGCUUCAGAACAUCAUGCCAGGCCUGGACACUGCAGUAGUCUUCCAGGAGAAGGAAGGUCUGAUUGGGAAAUUGUUCAGCUGGGCUCGGAAAUCAGAGCGACCACGGUGCGUGUAUGCCGUGGGCCUGCUGGCCAGAGCCAUGAGCAACCAGGAAGUAGCGGCCAGCCACCGUGAGGAAAACGCUCAACUGGUACCAAUCUUGAUUGGGCGCCUUCAUGAGCUGCAGACCGAAGAGGCCAAGAAUCACCUCAGUCCCACCAAGACCUCCCAGAAUCUACCUCAGGACUCUCAGGUUAAAGCCAUCCAGACCUCAAGCACCUCAACAGACCAACAAGACCAAACAGAGGAUGAGAGAAACAAAAGAGGUGGUGAGAGCAGCAGGCCAGUGUCAAAGUCCAGUUCUAAACCUUUGUCCCUGCUUGGUUCAGCCCAGAAAAAGGGUGGCUGUAGCAACAACCGUGGUGGAUCCAGCUCAGCACGGCUGCUUCCACACUACGUUUACCAAGUGCGCUCAGACCCUGGCUCUAGGGAGACGGAGGACAGGCAGGGAGGAAGAGGAGGAGUGAGGGCAGUAAAGGAGAAUGGGAGGAAGGCUAAGCAGAAGUUGAACUUCACCUCCUCCUCCUGUAGAACUGAGAAGGAGCUGGAGAGAAGUGAUUGCAGUGAACAGCUGCCCAGCAACUCCUGGUCUGCAAUGAGCCCGAUGGUGAUUGGCUCUGACUAUUGCCUUUCCCCACUGAGCCCAGCCAUGGAGCAGAGGCUCAUCCUGCAGUAUCUGACACCACUCGGAGAUUACCAGGAGCUGCUUGCUGUCUUCAUGCAGCUGGACACGCGGUCAUUGCUAAUGAACUACAUAGACCUCCAGCGGACCAAUAAUGUCCAGCUGACGUUUGAUGCACUCCUGUAUCUUGCUUCACUGCUCCUCCACAAGAAGUUUGCAGCAGAGUUCAUUGCUCAUGGAGGAGUGCAAAAACUCCUGGAGAUCCCGAGGCCAUCUAUGGCUGCAACUGGAGUUUCACUCUGCUUGUAUUACCUGGCGUACAACCAAGACGCUAUGGAGAGGGUGUGCAUGCUCCCAGAUGGGGUGCUGGCCAACACAGUGUCCUACGCUCUGUGGCUGAUGGAGUCGUCCCACGCUUCAGGCGUCUGCCAUGCCACCAUGUUUUUCUCUAUUUCUUUCUCCUUCAGGGCAGUGCUGCAGCUGUUCGACCAUCAGGAUGGCCUGCGCAGGCUAGUCAACCUGGUCAGUACUCUGGAGAUCCUUAAUGCACACAGUGAGGUGUCCAUAAUGAGUGAUGACCAGAUCUUCUCCAGCCGACAGACAGCCAAACACACCUGCAUGGCCCUGCGCAGGUACUUUGAGGCUCACCUGGCAGCAAAGGCUGAACAGGUCAGACAGUCCCUGCAUACAUCAGACGGAGGUACCACUGUUCCCCAGCAGCCAUUUUACAAGGCAUAUACAUACACCAGAGAGCAGAUUAUUGAGAUGACAGAGUUCCUCAUCGAGUGUGGACCUCCUCAGCUCCACUGGGAGCCGGUCGAGGUUUUCUACAAGUUGUCCUGUGUUCCUCUAAUGCUGCAGCUCAUAUCUGCAGCCUGUGACUGGAGGACUUACUAUGGCAGGAGUGACACGGUGCGUUACGCCUUGGACAUCCUGGCUAUCCUGACAGUAGUUCCUAAAGUCCAGAUGGUCCUGGCGGACACUGUUGGUGUUAUGGAUGAAAACAACUCGUCCGUUUCCACUGUGGGUAUGAGCAUCAUUCUGGGUGUUGCAGAGGGCGAGGUGUUUGCCAAUGAUUCUGAGAUCCAGAAGUCUGCACUGCAAGUGAUAAUAAACUGUGUGUGUGCUCCAGACCAGAGCCUGAACACAGUGGGUGCAUUUGCUGUCACCCCCCUCAGGUUGUCUCUCCAUCCCCAUCAACCACCUGCCUCCCACAACAGGGUGCUGGCUCACAUGUGGCAAGUGGUGCAGAAGAACAAUGGCAUAAAGGUUCUUCUGUCUCUGCUGUCGGUGAAGAUGCCAAUCACAGACGCAGACUUGAUCCGUGCUCUGGCCUGCAAGGCUCUGGUUGGACUCUCUCGCAGCUCAGCCAUCAGACAGAUCAUCAGCAAACUGCCACUGUUCACCAAUGGCCACAUUCAGCAGCUGAUGAAGGAGCCAGUGCUGCAGGACAAACGUAGCGAGCACAUCCGUUUCUGCCGCUAUGCUGCUGAACUCACAGAACGAGUGUCUGGGAAGCCUCUCCUUAUGAGCACCGACGUCUCCCUGGCUCGUCUGCAGAAGGCUAAUGUGGUCGCCCAGUCACGGAUCACCUUCUCUGAGAAGGAGCUCCUCAUGCUGAUCAGGAACCAUCUAGUGGCUAAAGGGCUUCAUGACACAGCAAACACACUUGCCAAAGAGGCAAAUUUAUCUAUGGGAUCCCUUUGUCCGAGCUCUUCCUCCUGUGUCUCCCCCUCCCCAUCCUCCUCCUCAGUGAUGCCCAGGACAUGCCGAUUAGCUGGUGGGAUUGCAGCUCGUGCUGCCAGCCAUGUUGGAUCCUCGCCUGUGUCCUCAGUCACUGCAGCCUCCACCUCCUCUCCUUCCUUCUCUCGUUCUCAUGCUGUGGCUCAGCCUUCAUGCUCCUCUUCAUCUGCCUCUGCCCUCCCCUCUCCUCCUCCUCAGGGUUCACACCCAGUUGGGCGGAUUUUGUUCACACGGGAACGUCCGCUGACCAAUUGCAACUCAGGAAAAAAGCUUCGCACACUGAAACAGAAGUCUGACCAUGGUGCUUUCAUACAGACACCAGCCAUGAAGAAGCAGCUGGAGCGCCACCUGCCUUCCCCCCCAACCCUCGACAACAUCAUCACCGAGUACCUGAGGGAACAGCAUGCCCGCUGCCCCAAUCCUGUCACUCUGUGCCCUCCUUUUUCCCUUUUCACUCCCCACCGCUGCCCUGAGCCAAAACAGAAGAGGCAGGCGUCGCCCAACUUCACAGCCCGUCUGGGGAGCAGGGUGCUACACCCGAAAUAUGGAGGCGUAGACAGAGGGUGUCUGGAUAGACAUCUGAUAUUUAGCAGGUUUCGACCAAUGUCAGUCUUCCACGAAGAUGAUGGAGAUGAGCUUGGUUUCACCUGUUGUGCCUUCUCAGCCCAUGAGCGAUUCCUGAUGGUUGGAACCUGCACCGGUCAUCUCAAAUUCUUUAGUAUCUUCUCCGGAGAGGUGGAGGCCAAUUACACCUGCCACACAUCUGCCAUCACACACCUUGAACCCUCUAGGGAUGGCAAACUGCUGCUCACCUCUGCCUCUUGGAGCGUCCCCUUGUCAGCCCUCUGGGGGAUGGAUGGUGUCUUUAGCAUGAAAAACUCGUUUGCAGAUGACCACUACGUCGAGUUCAGUAAACUCUGUCAGGACAGAGUCAUCGGCACCCAGGACCAAAAUGCACAUAUCUACGACAUCCAGACGGGUCAGAAGACUCUGACGUUGAAUGACCCCGCCCUGGCCAAUAACUACAAGAGGAACUGUGCCACCUUUAACCCCACCGACGACCUGGUGCUGAAUGACGGGGUACUGUGGGAUGUGCGGGCUUCACGGGCCAUCCACAAGUUUGACAAGUUCAACAUGAACAUCAGUGGGGUCUUUCACCCCAACAGCCUGGAGGUCAUCAUCAACACGGAAAUAUGGGACCUGAGGACCUUCCACCUCCUGCACACAGUCCCUGCUCUGGACCAGUGCAGGCUGGUCUUCAACAGCAACGGCACCAUUAUGUAUGGAGCGAUGCUGCAAGCCGAUGAUGAGGACGAUGCUAUGGACCAGCAGAUGAAGAGUCCUUUCGGCUCAUCCUUCAGAACCUUUGAUGCUACUGACUACAAGCCCAUUGCCACAGUGGACGUGAAGAGGAACAUCUUUGACCUAUGUACUGACACCAAAGACUGUUACCUGGCUGUCAUUGAGAACCAGGACGCAAUGAGCAUGGACACAGUGUGUCGACUGUAUGAGGUUGGACGACAGAAACUGCCAGAAGAGGGAGACGAUGAUGAUCAGGAAGAUGAAGAUCAGGACAAAGAUGAUACUUCAGACAGUGACGAUGACGAUGAUGACAAUGAUAUGGACACAGACGGGCUCAUAGAGGAGCUGGCCAAUAAUAGCAACCCAGAAAACAGAGAUGGAGCCGACUCCCCUGCAGAGGAAGAGCAUCAGAGCAACAGCGAUGACAAUAACGACCAUGAUGAUGACGACUCUGAAGAUUCUGACUCUUCUUACAGAAGCGAUGAUGGAUCUGGUUCAUUACACAGCGCAGACUACUAUGCAGAGCCAUCAGAUGAUGAGGCCUCACGGCUCCUUCAGAUCCUCCAUGACAGCUGGUUCUCCUGACCUGAGUGACGAGGGAUGUUUCUCUGAGACUUUUGUCUUUUAAAACCUCAUUUCUCAUUUAAUCAGACAGUUUGACUGUGAACACACAAUGUGCACAUCCACAUCAGUGUCCUGAAGGGUAAAGUAAUAAUCUCUAUAUGUUUAAAACCAUGCGAGAGAAAACGGCGAUGACAAAUAAAUUUGUUCCAAUGGUCACAGGGCUCAGAAGAAGACACUGACUUACCACGGCACCUGGCUUCUGCUCAUCUCAGCAGCAGUGUCUGUGGUAGAUGUGAUCUUGCUGAACUGAUGCAAGUUCUUCAGGUUUUCAUACAAAAUGUCUUGACAUCUCACCAUUGAGCUCAUAGUAGUUUUCUUGGAGCCUCUAACCUAUUGUACAUACAGUAUAUAGUACUUAAAAUCAGAAUUAUUCUAAAA